GGAGCGUCUCAUCCCAGCGGCUGUGUGCUCAGGAGAGAGUCUGAAGAGAAGGUCGGAAGUGAUAUUAACUUAUUAACACUUAACGUGAGAAAAUAACCGGAAAGACAACAUGGCCAGGCCGCUCUCAGACCAGGACAAGAGGAAGCAGAUCUCCGUCCGGGGUCUGGCUGGGGUGGAAAACGUCUCGGACUUGAAAACUAAUUUCAACAGGCACCUGCACUUCACCCUGGUCAAAGACCGGAACGUGGCCACCAAACGGGACUACUACUUCGCCCUGGCCAACACGGUGCGGGACUACCUGGUGGGCCGCUGGAUCCGGACCCAGCAACACUACUACGAGAAAGACCCCAAACGUGUUUACUACCUCUCUCUGGAGUUCUACAUGGGCCGGACUCUGCAGAACACCAUGGUGAACCUGGCUCUGGAGAACGCCUGCGAUGAAGCCACAUACCAGUUGGGUCUGGACAUGGAGGAGCUGCAGGACAUCGAGGAAGACGCCGGUCUUGGAAACGGCGGUCUGGGGCGUCUGGCUGCUUGUUUCCUGGACUCCAUGGCCUCUCUGGGUCUGGCUGCUUACGGGUACGGCAUCCGCUAUGAGUUUGGCAUCUUCAAUCAGAAAAUAGUCAACGGAUGGCAGGUGGAGGAGGCAGAUGAUUGGCUGCGGUACGGGAACCCCUGGGAGAAAGCUCGUCCUGAGUACAUGCGGCCCGUUCACUUCUACGGCCGGGUGGAGCACACAGCAGAGGGCGUGAAGUGGGUCGACACUCAGGUGGUUCUGGCUCUUCCGUACGACACUCCGGUCCCCGGCUACAGAAACAACAUCGUCAACACCAUGAGGCUGUGGUCGGCGAAGGCUCCGUGUGACUUCAACCUCAAAGACUUUAACGUGGGCGGGUACAUUCAGGCGGUGCUGGACAGAAACCUCGCCGAGAACAUCUCCAGAGUUCUUUACCCCAACGACAACUUCUUCGAGGGGAAGGAGCUGCGUCUGAAGCAGGAGUACUUUGUGGUCGCUGCGACUCUUCAGGACAUCAUCCGACGAUUCAAAGCUUCGAAGUUCGGAUCCACGGAGUUUGUUCGACUGGACCUCUCCACGCUGCCGGACAAGGUGGCGAUCCAGCUGAAUGACACCCACCCUGCGAUGGCGAUCCCAGAGCUGAUGAGGAUCCUGGUGGACGUGGAGAAGCUCACCUGGGAGAAGGCCUGGGACAUCGUGGUCCGGACUUGUGCUUACACUAACCACACCGUCCUGCCUGAAGCUCUGGAGCGCUGGCCCGUCGACCUCCUUCAGAACCUCCUGCCCCGACACCUGGAGAUCAUCUACGAGGUCAACAGGAGGCACCUGGAGAGGAUCUCCAAGCUGUACCCCGGAGACGAGGACCGUCUGCGCAGGAUGUCUCUGGUGGAGGAGGGAGGCAUGAAGAAGAUCAACAUGGCUCACCUGUGCAUCGUGGGCUCUCACGCCGUCAACGGAGUCGCCCGCAUCCACUCUGAGAUCAUCAAAAGCACUGUGUUCAAGGAUUUCUACGAGGUGGACCCUGAGAAGUUCCAGAAUAAGACAAACGGCAUCACACCGCGCCGCUGGCUGGUCAUGUGCAACCCCGGGCUGGCCGAGGUCAUCGCAGAGAGGAUCGGUGAGGACUACAUCCGGGACCUGGACCAGCUGCAGAAGCUGCUGGAGUUUGUGGACGACGACACCUUCAUCCGGGACGUGGCCAAAGUCAAACAGGAGAACAAGAUGAAGUUCGCCGCUCAUCUGGAGGAACAGUACAAAGUGAAGAUCAACCCUGACUCCAUGUUCGACGUGCAUGUGAAGAGGAUCCAUGAGUACAAGAGGCAGCUGCUCAACUGCCUGCACAUCAUCACGCUCUACAACCGAAUCAAGAAGGAACCAAACAAGUCGUGGACCCCCAGGACCAUCAUGAUCGGAGGGAAGGCGGCUCCCGGUUAUCACACGGCCAAGAUGAUCAUCAAGCUGAUCACUGCCAUCGGAGACGUCGUCAACAACGACCCCGUGGUCGGAGAUCGCCUCAAAGUCAUCUUCCUGGAGAACUACCGGGUCACACUGGCUGAGAAAGUGAUCCCGGCAGCCGACCUGUCGGAGCAGAUCUCCACGGCGGGCACGGAGGCGUCCGGCACCGGGAACAUGAAGUUCAUGCUGAACGGAGCGCUCACCAUCGGCACCAUGGACGGAGCGAACGUAGAGAUGGCCGAGGAGGCCGGAGAGGAGAACCUCUUCAUCUUCGGGAUGAGGGUGGAGGAUGUGGAGGCCAUGGACAAGAAGGGCUACGACGCCUUGUCGUACUAUAACCGGAUCCCUGAGCUGAGGCAGGCGAUGGAUCAGAUCUCAGGAGGCGCGUUCAGCCCCGCACAGCCCGACCUCUUCAAAGACCUCGUCAACAUGCUGAUGCACCACGACAGGUUUAAGGUGUUUGCAGAUUAUGAAGACUACAUCCAAUGUCAGGACAAAGUCAGCGCGCUCUACAAGAAUCCUAAAGAGUGGACCAAGAUGGUGAUCUAUAACAUCGCCGGCUGCGGUAAAUUCUCCAGCGACCGGACCAUCUCCCAGUACGCCCGGGAGAUCUGGGGCAUGGAGCCCAGUUUGGAGAAGAUCGCUGCUCCUGACGAUCCUCGCUAAACCACGUCUGCCUCCUCCUCCUCCUCCUCCUCGCUGUGGUCCAACCACUGAAGAAGAACCCUGUAGCUUUUACACUGUGUACUGUGGCAUUCUUUCUCUACUUUAUUAACCCCUCAGCUGGUUUCAGUCCAUCGUGUAGCAACAUAUAUAUAUGACCGUUUCAGAAUCUGUAUUAUUUCCCUCUCAGCACCAGCGACGCUUCUCUUCACUGAUUGGUGUAAACCUUGUGGCUCCGUGUCGGCCUUUCAGCAACCAAGAACUCACCUGGAUUCACCUCAGAAUCGCAGGAUUCUUCAGCUGCAGUGAAAACAUUAAAGAUGCAUCUCCUUACUGUUGUUUAAAAUAUCCAUAGUUCCAAAAAUGCUCCUCAUUUCUGAGAUUUGAACAUUUGAGGCUAAACUUUUUGUGUUCUUUACAAAAUGAGGAGCUUUUAUCUUUAACUAGAAUUCCACUGAGUGGUUUUCAAGAAACCGUGAUAUCUAACCAUGAUUGCCCUUCACUAAGUCCCGCCCCCUUGUUACCAGUAAAGCGUACUGUUCUUGAUUGGUGUAUAACGCAGUUUAUAAGCCCGAAGCGGACACACAACCAAAGAUUUAUGGUGAACACUUUUGAAUUCUGUUUGUUUUCUUGAGAUCUAGAUUUCUUUAUUCUGAUAUCACGGGAUUCACAAGUUAACUUUUAGAGAUCACAAGAAAAUUUCUGAAAUGAACUCGUUAUCACAAGCAUCGCUGUUCCCGAAAUAACGAGAUAAGUAAGUGGAGACCUCGAGAAAACAACUGAAAUGAAGUCGAUAUCACUGGAAAAAGGAGUAUGAUAAAAUGUAAGGGCUUGUGUGAGUAACCGUAAUGAACAGUAACUGAUUAUCGACUCAAUAAAGUGAUACUCAAAAGCAUUUAUUAUCCGUAACGUUAGCUAGAUUGCUACUUAGUCUAACAUUAGCUACAGAGUUUGAUAAAAGCGUGAAGAGAGGCUGAAACCUCGUUAUGCUGCAGUGGAUGGAUUUUAUAUCUUCAACAACACAAACUACAACGUGAUUUGUUGACUUGAAACCUCCUGAAUCGAUGCAGGAAGAAGCUGCUAAUGUUAGCCUGAUAGCGAGACCUGACCCGAGACAGGCUUUCACAGAUUUAGACUUUUUUUAAAUUAAGAUUGUAACCCCACGAAUGAAUGUAGUCGACUCGUUUUUAUGAGCUCGUUGGUUUUGGAAGCAACAUUUAGCUUAAAGUACAACGCCAGCUAGCCAGACAUGCUAACGGUUACAGUUUAUGAACACGUCUUCACCACGUUGAAAAAUAUAAAGUUUGUUCAACCAAUCACGCUAAAUCAGGGUUUUCAAAGCUAUGAAUGGAUAACUGUCGUUGGGGGAGGGGUUUAGCAAAGGGUCAACUCAAACCACAUUCCCAAUAUUUACAUGGUAGCCAUUUUUCUGAGAGUUCACACUAAUCUUGGGAAGCUCAGACGCCAUUAUUGCUUCAGUUGUUUCUCCGUGUUUAAAGUUUUCACAGUUCUAAACAAAGGGAAUCUGCUAACGGCUAUUGUUGCUUUGAAUUAGCCGAAUACUAACAUUAGCUAAUAGGUUAAUGUGUUUGUCAGAUUCUUCACGUUUAUACAACUUGUAGAUCUUAAACACCAAUAAGACAUCAUGUCAGCAUCCCGCUCUUUGCAUUACUUUGAAAGAAAAAUGGCCGCCGUGUGAAAAUGCCCAAUAUGGCUGCCAAAACCAGCAAACACGCCGGUACACCUCAGCACUGUUCUGGUCUCAAAGCAACACGUCUUCCACUGAAGCAGCGAGGACUCACGGCAGCACUGUGACCGAAGGUGACUCGCGCUCGCCUCGGGUUAACGCUCAGAUUUCCGCUCUGUCAGUGUUUUCUGUUCUCUCUCUGCGUGUUAUUCUCAGCAUGUUUGUGUGUCUCUGUCCCUCUAAGUGACCUGUGUUAGACAUUAACGAAGCCUUCUCUGCCUAAAACCUAAGUGACUGAACUUACCUGUUGAAGGUGUGUGUAUUUUGUGGUGUAUCCGUGUGUGUGUGUGUGUGUGUGUGUGUGUGUAACAUAGACGAGUCCUCGACACUCUGGAUAUCAGUCGAUUGAUGUACUGUAACAACAUCCUGUCCUGCUUCAGCUGCUGUUUCUGACUGAAGAAAGAACUGUCCACCAAACUGAACCUCACACCUCACUGUCAGUCAGAGCUUUUCUUUUUUUAGUCAAUAAAUGAUCAAAAUAAAUCCUCA